CGUCACUCGAGGUGAUCAACUCUUUCAAUAGUAUUUUGCAAUCAACAGUUUCGUACGACAUAUUUUCAAAUCAGAAAAAAAUGGGACGAGAACGUCCCGGCGCCUCUCAGCGCUCAACGAAUGUCAGUCCAUCUAGUCAAAAGGAGCCUUCAGCCAUCAAGAAGAAGGUCAUCCGCCGUGAUCCCGAGAAGAGGCGCCUACAGAAUCGCUUAGCUCAGCAGACAUACAGGGAAAAGCAGCGGAAGCGCAUACAGGAGCUAGAGCGCCGAGCAGCCGAGCAGGGAGCUGCGUUACAGGAAAACAGUGACAGGUCCCUCAUUCACGGGGAGAAACCCGCAGGAGGGCUUACUUCAGCACCUGUCAGUGAAACUCUCAUAGACGCUGAAACUAUCAAUCCUUCAGACCCCCAUCCUGAUCCUGGAAACUCGAUAUCACAGUCGACGACGGAUAUAGGGACGUGGGGUGCCAGCCUCAUCUUCGAAGACUUUGACCAAUGGAUUUCUGAAAACCCCAUAUACGAUGAGUACACAGCACCAGUGCUGUUCUUCAACUGUGGUUGUCCUACACUUCACAUUCCCAACCAUUCCAGAGAAGUCCUUCUCCCUGUUAUCCCAGAUCCAUACAAAAACAAUCUCCAGAUCGACAUCAUAUGCAUUAUCAGCGCUAUGCUCGAGAAUUGUCUCUCACUUGGGAUAACAAGAUCGAUGUACUGUUCUGACGAUGCCAUUUCACCCUUCUACAGGGCACACGCGGAUUCGGAUCCUAAUCCUGAAGCUAUCAUCACAUCUGUCCAGCGUGGAUCCCGCACCCUGCAUUUCGAUCUCCGCCCUACACGAAAGCAGGUUGUUGUUAAUCACCAUCCGUUUAUCGAUGUGAUCCCCUUCAAGGAUAUCAGGGACAACAUCAUCGAGAAGAUGAAUGACAUGGAUGAGGAUGAGUUCUUCCAUGAUUCACUUAAUCACUUGACUUGUUGGGGAGGCAUUGCAGGCGCACAUACUGGAACCCCCUGGGACUCAAGAAGUUGGGAGGCAACGGAAGAGUUCAUACUCAAGUGGUCGGACAUUGUAGGGGGUGACGAAGGCGAAUUGGCGAGGAACUCACGGUGGUGGAGAUCACAUCGCGGCGAACCGAUAGUGACUGAAAUAUUCUAACCUCGACGUGAGAUUUCAAAAAGCGUACCAAGGUUUCUGUAGAUGUUGGUUUCGAAUCUACGUUCAAUGUAUUUGACUGUCUAUACAGAUAUGCACAUCGUCGUUCAAUAUGCUCGAUGCGCUGAAAUGCACACCACUAUCAUGGCAUAAGGACUGCCAUGAAAAAGAGAACGCCGUGAUCUA